AUGAAAAUAACGGUCGAAAGUAAGCCGGACGAGAAUGUGUCAGAAAAACCACUACCUAAGGAGACACUUAACAAAGAGAACAUUUUGAAAGGUUUUUAUUCCGGUUAUUCGUCUGAACGAAUUUCGUUCAGAUGAAGCUAUGCUUGCUUUGGUUUCCUUGUCCCAUUUCAUCGACGAGCCUCAAAAGUUAGGGGAACAGUGCAUCUUCUCAUUGAGCUGGGAGGUAAUCGAAGCCAUGAUGCCUACAUUCUUGAAGGUCUCUCUUUCAAGUUGUUAAGUUUUUUUUGGAAGAAUAUUUUUAGGCUAAGUCAAAAGAAGAAGUUCUGCAGUGUGUCGUCAGCGAGCUCGAAGGAAUGUCCAGGAAACGGAUUCAGUGCGUGAUUGACGGUAAUUCGAGAAAUAGAUUAUUCACAAACCUGAUUUUUUCAAGUUUCCGAACAGAAGGCAGUAUACUCUGAAGUUUUCUGUUUGAGAGAAAGUAUACUGUCAAUUUUUCUAAAUUUUCCAGGGACGGAGCCAGGUUCUUCAAGCUCAGAAAGUGAAACGGAGCCGGAACAAAACGUACAAUUGGAGAACGGUUUCAGCCAAACUCAGAGCCCAACAAUUUGUUCAAAAGUUGGUGAAAGUCAGGGUGAGUAUUUUUACGGUGAAAAAGACGAAAAAGUGAGAUUUUAUUUUUUACUCUUCACAUGAGUUAAAUCACAAACAAGCAAUUCGUUUUUUUGAUAUCGCGAAAAAAAGAUUUUUUUAAAUUUGAUUUUUUUACCGUUAUUUCAUAUAUUUUUGUAGUCUUUUGAGCAAAGUUAGUUCGAAGAUCCGAUGAAAAGAAGCAAGGAAUUCCACGUAAAUGUAACUUUUCUGGUUCUGUACCUCCAACCCAUAAAAUGCUGUCUGGGAGCGAAUAAUCAUUUCAUAAAGCGAAUAUCAAUGUAAAAAUGCUAUUUGGACAAAAAAUUGGUAAUGAAACUCUUUUUUUUUCUUUUUCACUCCUAACUCAAUCGAAUUUGAUUUCUUAUUUCAGCUCUAUAGACUAAUAUUCUACGAAAGCUAAAUUUGAUAGGAUUGUACCACAAAACGUUUCGGGGUAAGGUUUGUUCAGAGCAGCGAGGAAGAUGAAGGAUUUUUUGUUUUGGCGAGAAUAAAAUUUCUAUUUCCCACUAAUUCACAGAUUUUGGGUUUGGAAUCAAUAUAAUUAUGAAGAGAAUUGUGUUCUACACUUGUCUUGUUUUAGCUUCUUUUACCUGUACUUUUUUUUUGUUUGAAGGAAAUUAACCAGUUUCUUUGCAGUGUCUACGGCGUCAGCCAACACGUCCGCCGCAGAUUCCGGGGAAAUCGACUCGACAAAAGAGGCCUCGGUGAGUAAAGGGAUCGCGUGUCUCCGGAGCCGUAAUUCGCCACUUCAGGUUUGCUCGGAAACGUUUUCCGACGUCGAGCUCGAAUAA